GUGUCUACAACUACCAGGUGGAAGAUGAUAUUGGAAAGCUAAAAUCAUGCCUUACUGGUUUCCUCCAAGAACAUGGGCUGUCUGUAGUGGUGAAAGAUGACUAUGUGCACGAGUUUUGUCGCUACGGAGCUGCCGAGCCUCACGCUGUUGCUGCCUUCAUGGGAGGAGCUGCUGCACAAGAAGUUAUCAAAGUCAUCACAGGGCAGUUUGUAAUUUUUAAUAACACCUUUAUUUACAGUGGAAUGUCACAGACUUCAGCAACUUUCCAGCUGUAGGAUGAGCUCUUGAAUUCGAUGCCUCCAGGCGCUGC